AAAAAAACUUUUAAUAGUUAGUUAAUGCUUUUUAAAAAAUGAAGUUACAAAUUAGUUUUGGAUUUAUAUUAUUUUUAUGCACAAUAUUUUUACAAAAUUUAAAUGUUAACUCAAUAUUUCCUGAUUUGUCUAAAAUAGCGGGCAAUGCGUGGACAAGGAUUGAUAGGUUGGCCAGUGGUGUAGCCAAUGGCAUCGCCGGAGCCAUUAAUCCAAAUAGAAAUGAUCCGAAUCGUGAAGUUGACUAUAUUGGCAAUAAUGAUGGAUAUAUUCACGGAUUAUAUAAAAGACAUCGAGAAAAACAUCGCGAAAGGCUGAGCCGUUUGUGCGAAUUUUUCAGACACGGAAGACUACAUAGGAGACCAUGUCGUGGAAAAGAUGAAAGGGAAAGGAUUAGACAGGAAGAACAACAAAGAGGUCGAGAAGGAGAUAAUACUGCUAAUGAGGUUUAUCCACCUAAACCUAAACCUAAACCUCAACCACAACCUCAGCCAUCAGUCACUGGAAAGCCAUGUAAGACAACUGAUGGUUUAGCAGGUGUUUGCGAAAGUGCCACAUAUUGUUUCAGUCAAUACAACGAUGUGAAAGAUUUUUUGGCCAAUCGUUGUCCACUAUCUAACGGUGCUUUUGGCAUAUGUUGUCCAAAACAAAUCAGAAAAGUAUCGGAAUCUUAUUUACCCAUUCGGAUACCACAACCAUAUCGACCGUCGGCUAAGAUCAAACAUAUCAGUCUUGCAGAUAUCGACAGAGCAGCCGCUGAAAGUCAUCAAUUUAUUGAACAAUUUAUCAAAACUGAAAAAGCACUCAUUUCUAAAGGUAUAUUUCAGAGACACGGGUCAACCCAAUCACAACAUCAGGCAUUCUUUGGACCGUUCGAUGAGAAUCAGUUCCAACUGACAAAAGGGGGUUUCAUAAACUUGUUGACAACACUUAAGAUUAGAGAUCGAUUCAAGUUAUCCAAUGAAGAGGCCAGAGAUGGACUGUGGAAGUACUCAUUGGAAAACACAGAUUUGGAAAAAUAUUGUAUUCAAGAGCCGGUAUGCAAACAGUCUAAAUAUCGUACGGCCGACGGUAGCUGUAAUAAUCUUCAGCGACCACUUUGGGGCAAAUCUAACACACCAUUUGUCCGACUAUUACCGCCGGCAUAUUCCGAUGGACUCAGUGUUUCUCGUAUAUCAGUGACAGGCGAUGAGUUGCCCGGUGCUCGAGUAGUGUCAUUAGCGGCAGCAACCGAUUCAAAAAUAGCCGACAAAAAGUUUACACUAUUUGUUAUGCAAUGGGGACAGUUUAUUGAUCACGACCUAACUCUUACCGCAUCGACCCGAGCGUCCACUGGAGAGGGUCUUAUUUGCUGUCCCGAUGAGUCCCGCACUGGCAUCAGAAACAUCAACCAUCCUUCAUGUUUGCCAAUUCCUAUUCCUCGAAACGAUCCAUUUUAUGCUAAACAUAGACAAUCUUGUAUGAACUUUGUACGCAAUGCUCCCAGUCCUAGAGCUAACUGUGCUUUAGGACACAGAGAACAGAUGAACACAUUGACACAUAUUAUUGAUGGCUCAAUGGUCUACGGAUCAGAUGAAGAUAGGAUGAAACAUCUGAGAGAAUUUAAAGGAGGUAGACUUCGGGUAUCACUGGUUAAUAGAGUUGAGUUUUUGCCUUUUGAUUCGGAAAACCGGUCGGACGAAUGUGCUGUACCUGAACGGGACAGACAGCGCAUCCAGUGUUUUGUCGGAGGUGAUGUUAGAGUCAAUGAACAGUCGGGUCUGGCAAUGGUUCACAACCUACUACUUCGAGAGCAUAACCGUAUUGCCGGUAUUCUGUUAGCUUUGAACCCCAACUGGUCCGAUGAAAUUGUCUAUCAAGAGGCCCGACGUAUUGUGGCCGCAGAGAUACAGCACAUCACAUAUAAUGAAUGGGCACCACUUAUAAUUGGCCGAACAGUGAUGAAGGAGUUCCAGAUUUUGCCCAAAUCUUAUGGCUAUACCUUUGAUUACGACCCUAAACUCAAUCCUAAUAUAAUCAAUUCAUUUGCAACCGCAGCCUAUCGUUUUCAUACAUUAAUUCAAGGUUUCAUUGAAUUAAUGAAUAGUAAGGGUCAGGUCACUGAACGACUUCAGUUGAGGAAUGUCUUCAAUAAUCCAAAGUCAUUGUACAGAGAAGGAGCUUACGAUGAAUAUCUGUUGGGAUAUACGGCAGAACCGACUCAAACAUUUGAUAAAUUUUUCACUAAUGAAUUAACAGAACAUCUGUUUGAAGAACACAAUACAGGAUUUGGUAUGGAUUUGAUAGCAUUGAAUCUACAGAGAGGUCGUGAACACGGACUGCCCGGUUAUAAUGAGUACCGAAAGAUAUGUGGUAUGAAUGCCAUCCGAUCUUUCCAGGAGUUGGACACUGUUAUGCAGUCGGGAUCGGCUCAGACAUUCUCAAAACUCUAUAAAACCGUUGACGACAUCGAUCUAUUUAUUGCCGGUAAUCAUGAAAAACGAUUGCCCGACGCAGUGGUCGGACCAACGUUUGCGUGUAUUUUGGCCGAACAACACCGUCGGAACAAAUUAGGUGACCGUUUCUGGUAUGAAAACGGAGAUAUGGCUCACUCUUUCUCAGAAGAGCAACUCCGGGAGAUACGUAAGACUAGUUUGUCGCGACUUAUUUGCGAUAAUGGCAUCAAAAUCAAAGAUAUGCAACCUUUGGGUUUUCUACAACCAUACGAUUGGAAUGUCCGAAUAUCUUGCGAUAAGUUAGCAAAAGUUGAUCUCAACUUCUGGAAGGGCGAGAAAGUCUUCAGCAAUUCUGCCCGAAUUGAGUACUAAUUGAC